AUGGCUAUUGAUCGUGACCAACACAUUAAACCACACCAUUAUUGUAAUGACGGGAUCAGAUGUGUAGGUCAUAUCUUGGCUUUCCGCAUCGCAAACUACAUGUUGUCUCUUGCCCGUUCCCAAUCAACUAAAUUGGGUGAGGUCACCGUAGGUUCAAACCUUUUAAUCACAUCAACUAAUGUUGAAACCAACUAUAAAUUUGUUGUAGAUUCUAGUAUUACUACACCAAAGAUUUCCAUUGCAAUUAGUCGUGGAUCAGUCUCUACUCUUAAUGAUAUCAUCAAUCAAAUCAGUAGCUCCAAUGUGGUCAUUGGUGAGCCAACACCAAUUACAUCAGCUGUUGCAACUACUACUGAUGGUGGUGCUACUACUCAAGGAGGUAGUACAACAUCUAAUGUCAUUUCAUCAUCCAAUAGAGUUUCUGUCACUUUGAUGACAAUGAUUGGAUGUUUGUUUGGAGGUGUAUUUUUAACCAACAACCAACGUAGUGGUCCAAAGACAUUUAUUGCAAUGAUUGUUAUUGGUGUUACCUUGUCCAGUGUAGUAAAUGCCAUUGUAUUGGACCAAAUCACCGUUGAAGCUACCAUCACAAUCCCACCAGGGUUUAGAUUCGAUUCACUCGAAAUCAGAGCUGGAAAGGGUUCAGUUUCAAUGAAUGGAGUUCAAGCCACUUCUCUAAAGGUUGAUGCCUGUACUGGUGGAUUAGAUUUCCCAGUUUCGUUUGGUAGUUUGAAUACUCAAACAUUUAAUGUUUGUACAAAGUCUGCAGUUACAGCAACCGAUGUUCAAUUAUUGGGAACUCCAUCGACCAUCAAUUUGACAAGCAAGUCUGACAAGGUUAAUAUUGACUUUUUGCUCAGUUAUAAUGGUCAAGCCAAGGUUGAUACCAAUCAAGCAAUCGACUCGACCAUUGUCGGUUCACAGUCGUGUACGUUGACAAGUAGUACUGCUAGUGGCCGUACUGUCAAGCAAGGCACAUGCGGUAGUGGGUCGACCACGAACCAAUUGAACGUCGUUGCCGAGACUGGUGCCACUGUCGAGGUGUUUAACGCCGAGGCAUGUCCAACUGCCGCCGAUUGGCGUGAUCCAAGACCAUCGGCAGCCGGUCCCGUCUCGCCAUCCAUCAUGACCACCAUCCCAGUCAUCAACAAUGUCUUUUCCGGCUCGACCAAUCAAUGGAAGGUGUUGGCCGACUACAAUAACGCCUAUGAAGUGACCAACCCGUCGGCUGGCACAACCUCGAACGGUGUCGAUGUGUCGGGCUCGCUCAAGAUCAGUUUGGGCGGUCCCACCUCGUACUGGAUCGUCUCAGAGACAUACACCAAUUUCUUGCGUGCCAAUCAGCCCGUCCAAUUCAGCUACAGCUACUUGUUUGCACAAGCAAACACCGCCUCCUUGUAUGCUAGCAGUGCAUCGAUCUGCGCGUUUGUCGGACUCGAGCAAGAGUUUGUCGACGACCCCGACCACUGGCUCCCAACCGACCCCAGCCAAUACACGUCGGUUGUCUGCUUCCCCUUCCCAACCACCAACAUUGCCGGCAGCCACACUGCCUGGACUGUCAACACUGCCUCGUUUACACCAACCCAAGAUCUAUCGUCGGUUCGUUUCGCCCUCAACAUGACCUACGCCCGUCCAUGGGGUACCAUUCCGGUCGCCUUUUUCAAGUCUUUGACCUACACCAUUCCCCAACGUGCUGUCGCCGCCGUCAGCCCGCUCUCGAGCGACUCUGAGUUGGUCAAGCUUCGCAAACCAUCCACUACCCUCACUCCACAGUCCAGCUCGUCUUGUCCACACCUCCAAACCGGUCUCUUGCACUGGCACAACCCCGCCACUUGGGGAGGAUCCGUUCCCAACCCAUCCAGCGUCAUUACCCUCCCUGCCAACUCCAAGGUGCUCAUCUCGAGCUGUUCGCUCCAGGCCGGCACCAUCUACCAAAAGAUCAUCGUGCCAGCCACCUCUGAGCUCAUCUUUUCCGACGCCAACAUCACCAUGCAUCUCCAAGACAUGUACGUCCAAGGUAAGCUUUGGAUCGGUAGCUCGUCGUGUCGUUCCAAUGGCAACAUCGAGUUGAUCUUCCACGGUGCCUACACCACCGCCGACACCAUCGCCCAAUACAUGGGUAGCAAGGGUAUCGCCGCAGCCGUCGGUGGGUACCUCUCGAUCCAGGGCAAGCAGUACAAGAACACAUGGACCAGACUGUCGGUCACUGCCUACCCAUACGACCGUCUCCUCUAUCUCCAAGAUGCCGUCAACUGGGAGGUUGGCCAAAAGAUCGUCGUGACAACCUCGCGAUUCGAAGAUGAAUGGUACCCUGAAAACGAGGUACUCACCAUCCAAGCCGUCUCUGCCAAUGGCAAGACCGUCCAGACUGUCGAGCCCGUCCAAUUCUACCAUUAUGCAGGUCAAGAGUAUCAAGCCGAGGUAGGUCUCUUGUCGCGUCGUAUCAUACUCCGUGGUGACGCCGCCAGCUCUGAACCAAAGAAGUUUGGUGGUCAUGUCCUCACAAUGGGCAACAGUCAGUUUGCAGGUAUCGAACUCAUCAACAUGGGUCAGCGUAAUAUGCGUGCUCGUUACCCACUCCAUUUCCAUCUUGCCGGCACCGUCAGCAACAGCUAUGUCUCGGACUGCUCUGUACACGACACCUACUACCGUUGUGUCACUAUCCACGGCACCCACAACCUCACAGUCACCGAGAACGUUGCCUACGACGCCACCGGUCACUGCUACUACAUUGAAGACGGUAUCGAAGAGAACAACACUGUCUCGUACAACUUGGCUGCCUACGUCCACACCAUCUUUGCAUCGGCCGGCGGAAACACCCAACAAGGUCAAUGGUUCAACGAGCAACCCGAGCUCACCCAACCCGCCGACACCGCCGCCGCAGGCUACUACAUCACCAACGCCUACAACCGUAUCUAUGGUAACGCUGCCAGCGGUGGUUGGGCAUCCUACUCAUUCCCCAAUCUUCCCAACUCGAUCGGUCAAUUCAAGUCGGUCGUGUUUAGUCCCAUGCUCAGACCAACACUCGAGUUUGACGGCAACACUGCUCACUCUGCCGGUUACAUGUUUAUGUUUGGCAGUUGCGUCUACUGCGGUGGUGUCUUGCAGUACUUGGCCAACGGCAGUCUCACCUACCAGUCGGGUCGUCCCGCCGACUCGAGAGACACAGUCUUUUCAAAUGGAACCGAAGCUUGGAUGCAAUACACCAAUCUCAAGGCCUACCAAUGCUCUGACGGUGUCGGACAUUGGGGUGAGCGUAUCGAAGUGAUCAACUAUGAGUCGCACGACAAUCUCCGUUCCGGAACCGUGUUUGGUAGCUCAUGGCUCAGCAGCGCUAUCAUCAACGGUCGUUCUGGCAAUGUUGCACGUUCCAUCAACUCCAAGCAAGGAUUCCAAUUCUACGACACGUGGACCAGAACCAUCUUGACCAACAUCAACUUUAGAAACUUUAUUGCAUUGGCCAAGCAACCAUCGAAUCCACAAGAUGACAACCGUGUGCUCGUCUCCAUGACACACAGCGACAUUUACAAGCCCCAAGGUAUCAGUGCCACCCGAAACAUCACCUUUACCAACACUCUUGUCAAGCAACGUAUGGGACACAACGUCACCAACACUGGUAGCUCACGUUACUACAACUUUGUCGAUUGGGAUGGCUCCUUUACCGGCCGUAACGUCCCAUCUAUUGUCGGCUCGCAUCUCAACUGGUGGCAAUACGACAACACCUGCACACUCUCGCCAGAGUGGGGUAUCUACCACUGUGUCAAGGGAUCAACUGCCCGUGAAGUCGGUAACCUCGAUCUCUUGAUCCCAGGCAUCAUCAACGACGUCGAAGAAGAUCCAAACACCGUCGUCGGUAUGUCCAAUCUCUUUGGUCCAGGCAUUCCAACCACUGGCACCCGUCGUCAAAGCCCAAUCACCAACAAUGUUGGUAUCACUGGUGUCACUGGCAUGGGUUGGUAUCUCUACGUGAACAGUGGUGCACCAACUCAAUUCCAACUGUCCACACGUCUUGUCCCAUACGGACGUUACAUUGUUGUUGCCAUGAGAUAUCCAGCCAACACUCAAUUCUCAAUUGACCAAUGGUACCAAUGGAGAACACCACAAGCUGGCCCCAAGUUCAAUGCCACCUCUACCUUUACCGAACUUUUGAAUGGAAAUGGUGCUGCCUACUAUUUCGAUCAAACUCAUUUGUACUUAAAGGUUGUCAAUCCAAGACUCGAUAAUGGUGAUGAUGAAGCUUAUACUCGUGGUGGUGCCAGUGUCUACACCAUCUAUACUGGAUUCUUUUAUCGUGUCACUGCUACUUGUACUUCAUGUAACAUGCAAGUAUCUGAUGAUAUGCCAACUAAAUGGACUUAA